CAAGCUGGUUGUAGAAGAUUCUCCUUCCAACAACGUUCAGCUGAGACGCACAUUUUAGUUUGUUGGACAAGGUGGCAGAUGUCAGGAAGAAUUUGAAGAAAACACAUUUAUAAAAUAUUGAUUUGGAAAGUCAAGCUCGUAGGUGUGGUGCUCGUUGCGACCGCCUUCGUGCCGUGCUCCACCCGUGUUGGGCUACGAGAGGCGGUUCCUGCGUCGGGAUGUCGCUCUUGCGUGCUACGCGCGGCAAGGACUCAGCAGUCAGAGCUUGGCUCUCUGUGCGUUGGCAGCGAGUGCGGUGGAGUAGCGCGAUUUUUAAGGGAUUGUUAUAAUUCUGAUCACGAAGGUGUUUAGGAAAGGACUAGUGGUGAUCGAAUAUAAAAUUGUGAUAAUUUUUGAUUUAGUUUAAUUAUUGACUGUUGUUUAUAAGUUAUGUGGUAUGUGGUGAUUAAAUGACUUUAGGAUUUGUGUGAACAUAAAGAGGAAUUUUAACAGUGGGUCAAAAUAAAAUGGACAAUUCGGCUUAUGUGCCGUCGCAUAUGCCAUCGCCCGCUCUUGUGGUGUUUUCUCAGGCUGCUGGAGGUCUCACUGAAGCAUUGCGUAUACAACGACCAUUUCAUUCACAGAUGGGCGACGGUAAAGAAAUGCACUUACCCUUAGGUCUCGGUCUUCGUCACAUGGAGGCCGCUUAUGGCACCCAUCUUCUGCACCAACUGCCUCCACAUUUCUUGCACCCAUCUCCUUUUGGUACAGGAGCAUUUCGACCUCUCGCUGGUUCGGCGGCCGCUGGUCCGUCUCUCAUUGACCCGAAGCAUUUUCCGUCGGCGUUUGCGCCACCUGCUCCGUCGGUGAAAUGUUCUUCACCGAUGAUGAUUGACCAUCAUCAUCACCAGCAGCAACAACAGAGAUCUUCGUUGUUGUUCACAACACCAGAAGAGAGAUUAAUGGGAGCACUCGGCAGGCGAACCGAUUCGUGUUCACCGGCAAGUGCCUCAUUGUCACCGCCAGCUGCGGUCAAAGAGGAGAGCUUAGAAGGGGGCUUGUCCGAGGAAGGUGACUGCAGGACGCCUGGCCCACAAGAACAGACUGAACAUCACCAGGACAGACCUACGGAUUUUAGACUGGGUACUUUAUUGGGAACUCAUGGAGCGUUGGCACUAGCUAGCUACAAUUUUGGUGAUCAUGCUGCUGCAUUGUCUGCCAAAACCAGGAUGUUAUUCGAACAAGUAAAGAACUACUCUACUUGUCCCGGAUUCGCAAAAACUAUCGAAGCUUCCUGCAAGAAGCCAGUACUGGGUCCAAACGGGGUGAGCGGUUCCAUCAACGGAGCAUGUUGUCCCGUCUGCGGAGUAACUCUUCAGGCAGGAGAACUAGAAAGUCACUUUGUUCAGGAAUUGGAACGUUUGUACAAGUUGACUGCCACGCCGAACAGGAAUCGUCGUCAUGAGGCUAUGAUGAGGCCAACGGGCACAGGAGUGCCUGGAGACCCCGGCCCGGAUGGCCGAUGGGAGACUUUUCAGCGCAUCAAGACUAAUCGACAGAGUCGUCUACGCAUCAAAGCGCGAAAACGUAAAGUUGAAGAAACUGCAUGUCCAGUUUGUCACAGCCGAAUGCCUCGCUCGCCUGAUGAACUCACCGCGCAUGUUGAAAUGUGCAUUAGGAAGCAUAAUACUGCCAAUAGUAUGAACGUUGCAAUGGGCACAGCUACUGAUGAAGAUGAGCCAGUUGACGUUGAAGGCGAUUCUGAGUCAUUCGAAGACGUCGCUUCCUGGUGCGAUGGUCAACGAAGACCACGAGCGUCGGCCGUUUUGGCUGGGCUAACCAGUUCGACUGCCACGCCAAGUAGCAGCGACCAGGCCGUAGAAGGCAGCGAACCCAGCGAGUCUGCAGAUCUAGUUGUGGAUGGUGAUGAAGCUGAUGAAGUCGACGAGCAAAAUAUGCAGACCAUCCCAUAUCGCGCUGAAGAUUCUGAUGGACAACGAGAAAAGAAAGAACGACGCAAGGACAACAAUAGCACGGAUCGUGUACAAUCUCAAGAACCAACAGUAAAUUCAAGUAUGGAUGUCCAACCCGCUGCUACGGCCACUGAAACCACGCCCUGUGACCCUUUAGUUUCUACUUCUGAUGCCGAACCCAGUUCUAGAGCACAGGUUCUAGAAGAAUUAAGAGCACGUAUCAGAGAGUUGGAAGGCGAUUCUACUACGAUCACCGAAAUUGAAGAUCAAAAAUGCCUAAUGUGCUCUGAUUCGAACAAGAGGUGCCCUAAAUGCAGUUCCCCAAAUGUCGUUACCGAUCUCCGAACGACGUUACCAAUUUUUAAUAAUUGAGAAUCGCAGAUACAAUUUUAAAUGUUCAUAUACAUAUAUUUGGGACAACCAUAUCAUAAAUAGUUAUAUUUAGAGGCGUUUAUCUCAUGGCCAAAAUACUCUGUUCUUAAAUAUUACUAAAAAGGUACGUGUUUUAAUCCUGAU